CAAUACAAUUUCUUACACCCAGAAUCUCAAACAAGCAUUCUGUUUCUGCAAGUGUGGCGUAAAUAUCGAGUGGAGAAGAUCUGUGUUGUAGUAAAACUCGGAAAAGACAAAUUGGUUGCAAUCACUGUAUUGAAUUUCCACCGCAUUACAGACUGUCUUCAUCUUGGACACAUCUGGUCUUCGUGCCGGUCCACGUCCAGGAAGUCAUCUUCUCUUGUCCUGUCCUUGGACACUGAUUGAGGUGCUGAUGUGAAGAACAUCAACAGUUUCCACAGAAAUCAGAAGAUGAGGGUGAUAUCAGUCAUCCUGCUACUCUGGGCUCCAGUGUUGAUCAGCAGCAAACAGCCGCAGGACUGCCGUGAAGUCCAGACAAUAAACUCGCAUGCCGUCAAUGGCGUGUACACCAUCUUCCCGGCUGGAGACAGGUCUGGUGUCAAGGUUUACUGUGACAUGGAAUCAGAGGGCGGAGGCUGGACGGCGUUUCACAGAAGGAUGGACGGCACAGUGAACUUCUACAGGCCUUGGGAUCAGUACAAGAUAGGAUUCGGUGAAGCUUCUGGAGAGCACUGGCUCGGUCUCGACAACCUCCACUACCUGACAGGAGAGAGAAAACACGAGCUGCUGGUGAGCAUGGAGGACUUUGAGGGAAAUAAACGGUUCGCUCUCUACUCCACCUUCUCCGUCGGUUCAGAGUGUGAAGGAUUUAACCUCUCCGUGUCGGGAUUCAAGGCUGGAGACGCAGGAGACGCAAUGUCGUCAAACAACGGUAUGAAGUUCUCCACCUUGGACAGAGACCAGGACACCUGGCCGGAACACUGUGCCAGGAAGUUCCUGGGGGCGUUCUGGUACGCUGCAUGUCAUAAGACAAACCCUACCGGGGUUUAUCGUUGGGGGGCGGAUAACUCACUCUUUGCUGUUGGCAUGUCGUGGUACGAUUGGAAAGGUCAUGACUAUUCUCUGAAGUCCAUGAGCAUGAAGGUCCGUCCUGCUCAACAAUAAUUGUCCAGGACCAACGUAUUAGAGACGAUCAGGUGUUGAUCUCUCUCUUGUGAUUUCUUUCUCCUUCAUUAAUCAUGUGUAGUACACUAUACAAAUAAAAAUGUAAUGCAAUUUCA